AUGCCUGCACGUCACGAGAAGGAGGGUUCCUCCACUUCUGGCAACGGUGUCGACCUUGGUCGCACCGAGACCCACCAGUCUGCCUUGAGCGAGAAGUUCACCGAGCUUUCGCGCAUGGUCAGUGUCGAGGCCGCUGCCGGUCCCAUUGCGCUGUAUGCUCCCCGUUCGCGUUCCGGUUCCCAGUCGUCGCGCAUGACCUCUGGCCGCGUCGGUGUCUCGUUCCCCGCCACUGUUGACGAGCACGAGCGCGCACGUGGCGAGCGCACCAAGCCAGGCAGGGUCGGCCUCGCUCGUUCCUCUACGCGCCCCGACCUCCCGCGUAUCGACUCUGAGAAGACCCUCGCCCCAAGCGACUGCGAAGAUGAUGACGGCGAGGUCAAGGAACACCCACUCCGCAAGCUCGCCAAGUACAAGAGCAGGGACAGCAAGGACGUUUCGGCGCCGCCUUCGCCCACUUCCGAGACCCACGAGCACACUGAGAGUGUCGAGGAGGAUGUCCAGGUGGUCAUGUCGCGUGCGCGCAAGAUCCUCCUCGGUUUCGUCAUCAUGCUCUCGGUCUUUAUCUCGUCCAUGAACUCGAACGCCGUCAUCCUCACCAUCAUGUCCGUGUCUGCCGACUUGGGUGUCACCGAGGUUGAGGCACAGUGGAUUUCAUCCGCCUACUCACUCGCUUUCGGAUGCGGUCUCUUGUUCUCGGGUCGCUUUGCCGACAUUUACGGUCGCAAGCACCUCUUCCUCGGCGGCCUGGCGGUGUCGAUCGUCUUUUCGAUCCUCUCAGGCGUCAUCCGCUCGUUCCCAGCCCUCUGCGUCAUGCGCGCCCUCUGUGGUAUCGGUCUUUCCGUUGCCAUCCCCGCCGCCUUUGGAGUGGUGGGCACUUCAUUCCGCCAUGAGCCUGAGCGCACCAUCGCCUUCUCUUGCUUCGGUCUCGGCAACCCCCUCGGCGCUUCCGUCGGCAUGCUCGUCGGUGGCGGUGUGGCAAGCAUCAACGCCCACGGAUGGCAGUACCUCUACUUUGUUCUCGGCGGCCUCACCCUGAUUCCCUUCGUUCUCGGCUUCUGGGUUGUCCCUGCCGAUGCCAAGAAGGGCAAGGUCGACACCCGUAUUGACUGGCUCGGUGGCUUUAUCAUCACCGCUGCGCUUUGUCUGUUCACUUUCAGCAUCACCGAGAGUGGCAUUGCCUCGCAAGGGUGGAAGACGUCGUACGUCAUUGCGCUCCUCGUCAUCAGUGUCUUCCUCUUUGGCGCUUUCGGCGCAUGGGAGCGCUACGUUGAGCGCCACCUCAGCUUCCCGCCACUCGUCAAGCUUUCGCUCUUCAGCCGCGACGGCUGGAAGAUUACCAUUAUCAUGGGCUGUGCCUUCCUCCCCUUCGUGGCCAUUGCCGGAUGGGUGUACCUCGUUUCCCUGUUCUACCAGGAGCUCAAGGGAAUGACUCCCCUCGGCAACGCCAUCCACACCCUCCCAGCUUCGCUGUGCGGUAUCCUCGCCGCUCUGGCUGUCAUGUGGAUCGUGCCCCGCGUUCGCGCUCCCUACGUCCUCAUGGCUGGUGGCUUCCUGUCAGGUCUUGCCUGCCUGCUCUUCGUUGUCAUCCCUCCCGACACCACCUACUGGGCCAGUGGCUUCCUUUCGAUGCUUCUCCUUCCCUUCGGCGCCGACCUCACGGUUGGCAUCGGAUCGAUCCUCAUGUCCAACCUGUGCGAGGACGACGAGCAGUCUGUGGGCGGCGCGCUCUUCCAGACUGCCACGCAAAUUGCCUCGGCCCUCGGUAUCUGUAUCUCCUCGCUCGUCCAGGUCAACGUGUACAACAAGACCGGCGACUACCACACAGGACUCCAGCAUGCCUUUGGCAUGACCACCGCCUGGGCCUGGGCUGUCGUGGUCAUUGCGGCCAUCUUCCUCCGCAAGAUGGGCCUCGCCAAGGACGUCGGCAACGGCCGUGCUAUCCAUUAG